UUUUUUAAUUAACAUAUUUUUUAAUAUGUUUUCGUAAUGUGUAUGUUGUUUUCAUUUUCACACACAAGACAUUUUAAAAACUUUAAUUCAACCAUUAACACCAAGAAAAUUUAAAAGUAUGAUACUUGAUGGCGUACGGCGCACGGAGUACGUCACAACAAUUUUCCAAGCAAUGUGAAAACGUACGUCUUAACUUGGUUAUUGAGAAUCAUUACGAUCUGUCUCAGAGGACAUUUAUAAUAGUGUUCAGAGAUCACAUUCACAUCCUACACAGGAAACCCAAAGCCAGGCUUGCCGCUGCAGCUAUUGAGGGAAAAGCAGGACUCCAAGAGAUCCCUGCGCUACUCCCAUAA